GCACUACUAAGUAGUUCCCAAAGACAAGAAGAAGAAACACGGAAGUUUCAAACAGCAUGAUUGUCUAUUAGCAAUCCAAACAUCAUAUUUGAUUAAUUCUCUGGUAUUACGUUUAUUCAAACGUGUGACUCACAAACUAACAGUGUUCAUCUUCAGGUCGGAACCAGUCUGGGACAGUUUUGAUCAGCAUGGCGUCUGACAAACAACAUUGCUCGUGUUGCUCCCAUCCUGCCUCCUCUCCCAGUGUUUACCAGACUCUGGAUGAAAUGGAUUUUGAACGAGGCAUCUGGUCUGCUGCAAUGGCCAGUGACCUGGAGAGGGUUAAGUCGUUGGUCCACAAGGGCACAGACAUCAACGUGAGGGACUCAUCUGGAUACACAGCCCUGCACUAUGCAAGUCGCAGUGGCCAUCUUGCUGUGUGCAAGUUUCUUCUAGAUAAUGGUGCAUGUGCAUCUCCGCAGACACCAGGCGGUGCCACGCCGCUCCAUCGGUCAGCGUACUGCGGUCACUUGGACGUGGUCAGACUCCUCCUGCACCAUUGGGCAAAUCCUACGCUCUGUGAUGACGACGGUGCAUCCCCUUUACACAAGGCUGCAGAGCAGGGCCAUGAAGAGGUGUGUCGGCUGCUUGUUGAGAACUGUCCAGCACUUUGCAGCCAGAAGAACAAGCGGCUCCAGCUGUCCCACCAGCUGACACAGCAGGGAGAUCUGCAGGAGCUCUUAAAACCACCUUGUUGACGGCGAACUCACACUGCAUAAAGGGCAUGCUGUGUUUCUAAUAUCAGACAAAUGAAAUGAACUUGAAUUUACCAGGUGAGGUUCACAUGACUCAGGAUCACGUUGACCUGGUUUCACCGUAUUGGACUGAUUAUAUUUCUCAACUGAGCAUCAGCAAACACCACUGAGUGAAUCAGGGUGUACAAAACAUAACAUUUUCUAUAUUUAUACCACAGACAUCAGCCUGUUUUUAAUUGAUGGUUUACUGCUUGUGUACAGUAUACAAACCCAAAGCUGCCUGUAAAACCUGUCAAAUAACACCAGUUUCCCCCGUCUCCUACAGCUGCUAGAUUCUUGUCGAGUAGUAGUUAAAUAAAAUGUAUAACGAAGAGAAUGAUCUAAAGCCUGCCUUCAUGUUGAAGGAACACUAAUAUUAUUUAAUAUAAAGAUUUGACUAUUCUUUGUCUCUGCCUCACUAAAGAACCCCUGUCACAUAAGCCAGAGCUGUGCAGCGCAUCUUUCUCCAUUUGUGAACAAAUUAUUAUUAAAUAGUAAAUCUAUUUAACUAUACAAUGACAGUGGCCAUUUCCAAAUUGUUCUUAUCACUGACAAAGAAAAAAAUACAUCAACCUUUGUGCUACGAUGAGCAAAUGAGUCAUUUAGUUCUUCACGAUCAACAGCAUCUACCCUCACUGCAGUAUUUAUGAUUUUAAAUGUCAUGUUUGACACAGCAGUUUACAGUAAAACCGGAGGCAGUAUCGAUCUCAGUUAGGAUUGUUGUUUGUUUAUUAUUAUGGUCAAAUGUGUAGGAUUUAUGAGGGGUCGAAUAGCGUAAUUGGACUUUAGUCAUCGUUACAUUUCCAUUCAUAUAUAAUCACCUGAAAAGGGGGUCCUCCUCCAAAGAGCCAAUCUGUUCUACACAAGCACUUUAUAUUAAAAGUGGAGGCAACAUCUUCCUGUAUAAGUUUUAUUUGUCAAAGUUCAAAAAACUAAUUUACAACCACCAGCCACGACAUUAAAACAGAUAACUGCUUUUAAUAUUGUGGCUGACGCAUAAAUGACAUGUGACUUGAUCCUCGCUGCUCUUUUUUUGUAUCGCUGGCUGCAGGGGGCGCUGUUGUCUUACAAACGUCAUGUUUUUUUGUUCAGCGCACCAUAUGAAUUCACUGCCAGCUUUUACACAGUGACCUCAUUGGCUCCUCUUAGUGCAUUGCUGGAAAACUAAACAGAGUAACUGUGAGAAAGAGAGAAAAACAUCAGUGUCUCCAUUAUUUACUUUGUAUUAAUGAAGUGGAAAAAAUAAAUCAAACAUUAUAACCUAAACUGCUGACAACCCCAGGUAAUACAGACAAAUAAAGUCGACAUGGUCUUUAGGAACAUU